CGACCACCAUGAAGCAUGGGGUCGCGUUCCGCAAGCUCUCGAGGACGUCCUCGCAUAGGAUGCUCAUGCUGCGGAAUCUCGUGACAUCCCUCUUCCAACAUGAGCAGAUCAAGACCACCCUUCCGAAGGCGAGGGAUACCGCCAGGUUAGCGGAGAAGAUCAUAACCUUGGGCAAGAAGGGCGACCUACCCGCCUUCCGCCGUGCAACGGGCUUCCUGCUCGACCAGACCAUGGUGCCGAAACUCUUCAGUGAACUCGCGACGCGUUACUCUGAUCGUCCUGGAGGAUACACACGGGUGCACAAGUUCGGCAACCGACCUGGAGACAAUGCCCCGCAUGCCAUCCUGGAGCUCGUCGACAACCCGCGGGACCUGCGUUUCCAGAUGACCGCCCGUGCAAUAGGAUGGGAGUUGCUGGGCAAGCGCGUUGGACAGGGCGACCCCAAGGCUCUGGUCAAGACCGGUAUCCCCGAUAUCGUGGACGUCAUCGAGAAGGAGAAGACUGUCCCGCCAGAAGGACGUGGCGAGCUACGGUCGGUGACGCGGAAGAACCUGCAGAAGGUCUUGAAGUUCCGGGGUGUGGGUGCGGUAGAGGAGAUGAGCAGGAUAGCUGAGGACCACGUCGACACCGUUCUGGCGCAACCCCUUGCACUGAAGGAGAUCGUUGCCGCCAAGCAGGAAAAGAAGGAAAAGCAUGCCGCAUUCGCGGGCAUCCGCCUCAAGGCCGGCCAGACCCUCCCUGGUGGACAGAGGAGUACACUUCAUCUAGCUCAAGGCGACCUUGGUAGGGAGAACCCUGGCCGUUGGCAGUGGUUCACCCGCCGCAAGCUCGGCGUAGACCAGACCUCUGUAUGGAACCAGCUAUGAUCGUAUAAUACUAAUAUUUCGGAUGUUCUACCGCC